AACAUUUGCAUUUCAAAGUCAAAGGUUCGACAGGGAAGCUGAAAGCUGAUGACUUGGAAGGAGAAGGGAGCUGUGCUAGUUUGCUUCCUCGGUAACCUCCGAUCCAAAAUACACAGGGUCUAAUCACUCAGGAACAAGGGAAUAAUGGCGGCUCGUCCAGUCACGGAAAAUGCAAAGGAGCUUCCAGACUUCAUGCAGUUAAAUGACCUGGCUUGCCAAACAGCAGGAGGCAAGGUCCUGUUUGCUACAGAUGAUUGGUUUGCUUCUGCGGAAAAUUUGUUGAAGAGAGAAGCAGCACAAUGGAAAGCAAACGCUUUUACUGAGUUUGGCAAAUGGAUGGAUGGCUGGGAAACCAGGAGGAAACGAAUUCCAGGUCAUGACUGGUGUGUUAUCCAGCUCGGCGUGCCUGGAGUCAUUCAUGGAUUUGACGUUGAUACUUCUUAUUUUACUGGCAAUUAUGCUCCUCGCAUAUCGAUCCAAGCUGCGUGCCUAGAUCCGGAUGAGGUUCCCAACGUACCUCCAAGAGGAGAUAAAACAGGAACAGCUGCUUUGGAAGAGGAGUUUAAGGCUAUCAACAAGCUGAAGUCAAACCUCUGGACUGAACUGGUUCCUAUGACAGUCCUACAGCCAGGCUACAUUGACACUCAUCACAAUUAUUUACCGGUUCAAUUGCUUGAGCGAUGGACGCACAUAAGACUUAACAUGUACCCAGAUGGUGGGAUUGCACGAUUUAGGGUUUAUGGUGUCGGUCACAGGGACUGGUCAGCUGUUUCACAGGACCAGACAGUGGAUCUCGCAGCAAUGGUCAAUGGAGGUGUUUGUGUGGGAUACAGCAAUGCUCAUUUUGGUCAUCCCAAGAACAUGUUAGGCAUUGGGAGAUCGAAUGUGAUGUCUGAUGGAUGGGAAACUGCCAGAAGAUUGGACAGACCAGCAGUAUUAAAGGUGGAUGAUCAUGGUGUUUUACAGGUUCCUGGUUGUGAAUGGGCUGUUUUUAGGCUUGGACAUCCUGGAGUAAUAACUCGUGUUGAGAUCGACACAUGUCAAUUCAAAGGUAAUUUUCCAGAUAACUGCAAAAUUGAAGCAUGUGCCAUGAUUCCUGAAGAGGAGAUGGAAAGCGUUCGACUCAAUUGGGAAAAUGAUCAGGAUUUGAAAUGGAAAUUACUUCUGCCGGUUACUAAGCUACAUCCACAUCUGCAGCAUUUCUUUGAAGGCAGUGCCAUCAAAAUGAGCGAGACCAUAACUCACGUGCGUCUAAUCAUGGCCCCAGAUGGAGGGAUCAGUAGGAUGAGGCUGACAGGGCACCCAAGCACCCUGCCUACUGUAAACCAGUGAGGAGCAGCUCUUCAAAUCAACCCCCAACCCCCUAUCCAAGGCUCUCAGUUACACCAAUUAAAUCUAUUCAAUCUUUCCAUCUUCUGGACUACUCCAUGUUAUAGAAAUUUGUUGUACAAUCAUACAAUCAUAGAAUCUUACAGCAAAAAAGAAGACCAUUUGGCCCAUUGUGCCCGUGCCGGUGCUUUGAAUGAGCUACCAACUCGUUCCACACCCCCGCUCUUACCCCAUAGCCCUGCAAAUUUAUCUUUUUUAAGUAUUAUGAAGCAUAAAUUUCUUGUGUUCUAAUGAGGAUGGAAUAUAUAUUAUUAAGGUAUUAGGGUAUAUCAUUACUAGAAUAUAUAAUAAUAAUAUUAAUCCUUGCAUUCGAUAUAGCACUUCUAGACAUCUCGAGACAAUACACGGAACAUACUGUAAAGUGAAUUGACUGUACUUUUUGUGGGCAAAAUAUGAAAAAGAUAAUAAUCCUUUGAGACGUGUCGAAGACAUGAUAAGGCACUAUAUCAAAUGUAAGGAUUAUUAUUAUAUAAAAUUAUUUACUAUGAAAGUUGUUAUUGAUUUUUUUCUAAAAUUUGAGGGACGUAACCUAUAAUUCGAUACGUCUGACUGUAUAGCGGAACAUAACUAAGUGAUGGGCAAAUACCUGCAGGGAUGAAUCGAUACAGGAAAUUGCAUGACCUAAUAAAGAUGCAUUAGUAAUAGUAGUAAUUAUAUGCUGUGAAAAUCCUAUUCUGGACUUACCCGAGCAUGUGGCAAGUCUGAUCUAGAGAUGCUAUAACCUGUAUGUUACUUUUUCACUUUAACAAAACAAUGUAUGGGUGCUCUCACUGGCUGGUUUUAAUGAAUUAAAAUGAAAAUGUUCAGAA